CGUCAUGUCAGCGUGGCUCGUUAUGGAAGUAUGCUUCAGAACAACACGAGUGUUCUAGCUGCUGGAUAGAGGUUAUGCAAGUUGUUGAAGGACUGAGCGACCUCUCCGGAACAGUUUUUGCUGUCGAGUCCUGAUCGAUUUUCGUUCGUAUAUACAUGUCCAACCGUAGUUAGCUAACGUAACUUUCCAUGGACGUCUGUCGGAGAACACCUUGAGAGUCAAAUCCACUGGUAAGUGUCCACCAACAGCGCAAUGACAGAUCAGGAGGGAGAGGGAUGGGGUGGCAUGAACCUGUCCCCACAUCUGCACACGGACGAGUGCAAUGAGAUGAUAUCCCGUCUGAAGCGCUGCCACACCGAACACUCUGUCAUGAAGUUCUUUGGGAGCUGUAAUGACUUCGACCAAGCGAUGCGCAUGUGCCUGAAGAAAGAGAGACUGGAUAAGCGUGAGCGCAGCAAGCAGCAUGCUCUGGAGAUGAAGAAGAGGGUGAAGGAGGGACCCAAAGAUCCGUUCUGAGGAGCUGGGAUCGACUGAAUGGACUUUCUUUUUGGACGUUUAAGGCAUUGACUUGGACACUUGAUCAAAACAUCACUCAUCCGCAGUAAAAAGGAUGGUAUUCACUGUACAAACACCUGCCUCGAAAGACACGUGGAACCUCCAGAUAGUGUAAAGGUUGGCUUUGUGUUUUGGUGAAUGUUAUUUAAAGUUAUGUUUUAAUAAACUUGAGAUUAACAAUAAUCCAGUGUAAAUU